AUGGUCUCCUUCACCUGCGGCCGCUGUCAAGAUGUUGUGAAGAAGCCGAAGGUGUUGUCGCACGCCCACAGCUGCGGCGCCAGCGGCUUCACUUGCGUCGACUGCAUGGAAGUCUUCGAUCUCAACACCGUCAAGGCCCACACCGCGUGCAUCAGCGAGACCGAGAAGUAUCAGGGAAAGUGGCGGCAGAAGACCACAACAACACAGAGAAGAAGAGACAGCGACAGUGAUGAUGAUAAUAAAGAUAAUAAUAAAGAUAAUAAUAAUAAUAAUAUUAAUGGACAUUUGAUGCGACCACCGCGUGCGCCGAUGGACUUUAGUAGCGACUCCGACUCCGACGAUGAUGAUGCGUGGGUGAAGGCAAAGAAGAACCCCACAACUCCCGCAGAGAAGAAGAAAGAAGAAAAGAAAGAGAAGAACACAUCCCCACAGAAACGAGCCAGAAGCCACACCUCUACACAGUCUAGUCCUAUCACUACUACUACUACUACUACUACUAAUCAUAAUAAUAAUAAUAAUAAUAAUAAUAAUAAUAAUAAUAAAGAAAAAGAAACAACAUCCUCCUCUUCUACACAUGUGAACAGCAAGCGGGUAAAACAUGAGCCGCUGGCAUUACCGCGGGCCAUGACGACUGCCGAUUGUGUCGUGCCGAGUUUUGUGCUUGGCACCGACGAGGAAGUGGCGACCGUCGCUGCGUGGAUCCUCCGCGACGAGGCGGCGGAGAAGAGAGAAGAGACACAACAGUUAACACUGCGGGAACUCGCAAAGAAGAUGGUGGAGCGGUAUAAUGCGCGGAUUGCAAAACACCUCCGGCAGGCGAUUCAAACAGCCAUUAAAAACGGCAAACUGCGGGAGGAGAAUGGGGUGGUGAUGGUGGCCUCUUCACAGUGA